AGGCCGUUGAGUUCCCCGACCGCUACCGGGAGAGGGGGGACCGCGGAGUCGCCGAGCCGAGCGCUACGCAGUCGGCGGCUGACUGGGGCGCGAGCGGGUUCUCCGGGCUUGCAGCGGGGCAGGAGAAAGCAGAGCCAGCAGGACCGUCCUCUGAGAAGCUGCUCCGGAAAACACUGCUCUGCGCCAAGUCUGCCAGAGGACAGGUGAGGAGAGAGCUCCAGGACCAGCAGCAUGGGGGCAGCCUGUGUCAAAGUCACCAAAUACUUCCUCUUCCUCUUCAACUUGCUCUUCUUUAUCCUGGGCGCCGUGAUCCUGGGCUUCGGGGUGUGGAUCCUGGCCGACAGGAGCAGCUUCAUCUCUGUCUUGCAGACGUCCUCCAGCUCUCUCAAGAUGGGAGCCUACAUCUUCAUCGGCGUGGGGGCGGUCACCAUGCUCAUGGGCUUCCUGGGCUGCCUUGGCGCCAUCAACGAAGUCCGCUGCCUGCUGGGGCUGUACUUCGCCUUCCUCCUCCUGAUCCUCAUUGCCCAGGUGACCGCAGGGGUCCUCUUCUACUUCAACGUGGGCAAGCUGAAGCAGGAGAUGGGCGGCAUCGUGACCGAGAUCAUCCGGAACUACAACGCCAGCGGUGAGGACAGCCUGCAGGAGGCCUGGGACUACGUGCAGGCUCAGGUGCGGUGCUGCGGCUGGGUCAGUUUCUACAACUGGACGGACAAUGCCGAGCUCAUGAACCACACCGAGGUCACCUACCCCUGCUCCUGCGAGGACAAGGGGGGCGAGGACGACGGGCUGCCGGCAGCAGGGGGCUUCUGCCAGGCCGACAGCAACAGGACCCAGAGCGGCAACAGCCCGGAGGACUGGCCCGUGUACCAGGAGGGCUGCAUGGAGAAGGUGCAGGCGUGGCUGCAGGAGAACCUGGGCGUCAUCCUGGGCGUGUGUGUGGGCGUCGCGGUCAUCGAGCUCCUGGGGAUGCUGCUGUCCGUGUGCCUGUGCCGGCACAUCCACUCCGAGGACUACAGCAAGGUCCCCAAGUACUGAGGCGGCUGGGCCCCCACCUCCCGGCUGGGACAGCGCCCUCAGGACUCCCUGGGGCUCUCCCGGCCCCCUCCCCCCAGCCCUCUCCCCCCUCACUGCUAAGGCCUCUCCUGCCCUGGCUGGAGGUUGGGGGCUGCCUGGGACCUGGCCCUCUGCCCCCGCCCCUCAGCUGCUGGCUGUGGCUCCGGCUGUCCUGUGGUCCCUCUUCUCACUGGCCACCAGGGUCCUCUUGGCCGCUCAGCGGAAAGGCCCCCUGCAGCGCCCCUGUGCAGGCGGCCUGGAUGUCCACCUGCUCCUGGGAGGUGGCUGUCACCCAGGGAAAGGGUGGAGGAGGGUGGGGAAGCCCCCACCCCACCCCUCCAUUAGGGGACCGCCCACUGGCCGAGUGGUCCUGGCUUCCACUCGGACACUUGUACCUUUGGUUUUUCACUUUGUUAUUGAAGGGAGGGGUGGGGGUGGGCUUUACCUGAGACCCAGGGGCAGAUCCCCUCCCCCAGGCCACACUGUGCGGGCAGGCCCCAAGGGACCUGGCCUGCUUCUGCGCCCUCAGGGGGCGUGGCCCAGAGCCGCCCAGGGCAGGAGGGAAGUCUGUCUUCUCCCGGUUGGUUUGGAGAGCUGUCCUCUGCUCCACCCCUACCCCCGCCCCAGGAGGGGCCGUGGGGGAGGGGGCUGUGAGUGCACAGUUCUGUUAACCAUCUUCAAGACUUGCAGACUGACUAUUAAAGCGGAUUUGUAACAAUCCAGCCUGA